AUGAGGUUGUUGGAAAAGUUGAUCGUAUGUGUAGUGCUUGUGGGAAUUCUUACACAGGUAAAAUGUGCCAACAUCCUCGUGCUGAUGAGUGUAGCGUCCCAGAGCCAUUUUAUAUGGAUACAACCAAUUGUGAACCGAUUGGCUCAAGUUGGCCACAACGUUACAGUGCUUUCGGUAAAUGUGGAUACACGUGCUCCGAAAAACGUCACCUACAUACACCUGGAAAACAGUUACAACACGCUGUACGGUAAUGGGACACAUGCUCGUAACGAUAUAUUGAAGCGAUCGAAUGAAUCACCAAUGGCUGCCACCAUGUCGUUUUAUCAAUUUGGCUUGCUUGGAUGUGAAGGUGCUACAACUUCAAAAGGACUCCAACAGCUACUCCUGUACCCGUCGGACUUUCGGUUCGAUCUAAUCAUCUACGACUUCACCUGUGGACCGUGUUUGCUGGGAUUACUCCACAAAUUUCACUAUCCACCGCUGGUGAGCGUGACCGGUUUCGGAGUUCCUCAAUUUACCGAGCGUCUUAUAGGUGGACACAAAGCUUCCUGCUUUGUGCCACAUUUCACGCAGCUUACUGACAACCCGAUGCCUUUCGUACAACGUUUCUCCAACACCCUGAUACACCUUUUCGAUGCGCUUUACCGUCAGUUUGUGUUUUUACCACAAUUAACACAAAUCGCUCAGCAAGCGUUUGACUUUACCCUUCCCGAUCUGACCGGAUUGGAACGGAGAACACUCAUUAUGCUUACCAACGCUAACCCUGCCCUUGAUCCUCCGGAAAGCAUGCCACCGAACGUGAUCCCCGUCGGUGGACUUCAAAUCGUCGACCCGAACCCUUUACCCCCCGAGCUUCAAACUUUCAUCUCGAACGCACCCAAGGGAGCUGUACUGUUUGCCAUGGGAACGAACUUUAAAAGCAAAAUGUUCACCUCCGAACGGCAGGCAAUGUUUCUGGAAGCGUUUGCCCUCUUCCCGGAUUAUCACAUCCUCUGGAAGUUUGAUGACGAUCAGCUACCGUGCCCGGCGAGCCCGAAUGUGCUGAUACGACCCUGGUUACCACAGAAUGACAUUCUGGCACAGCCACGUGUGAAGGCGUUCAUCACACACUGUGGACUGAUGAGCACACAGGAGGCAACGUACCAUGCCGUCCCGAUGAUCGGUAUACCGAUCUACGUCGAUCAGCAUCUUAAUCUGCACCGAACCGUACAGGCGGGUGGCGGAGUUAAGCUGGACUUGGCGAGCCUCACAACUGCGAGCAUAGUAGCUGCACUGAAGGAAAUACUUGACAACGAUUCGUACCAGCAGGCGAUCGACAAACGAUCGGCACUGUUUCGGGAUCAACCGGAGAAGCCGCUGGAGCGUGCGAUCUGGUGGAUAGAGUGGGCAUUAAGACACCCGAAAGAGGAUCGACUUCGCUCGAGCAGCGUUGAGAUGAGUGUGUUUGUUGCCAAUGGAUAUGAUGUGGCUGGAUGUAUAUUGCUGCUUACUUUAGGAUCAUUAUUAGUGACGUGCAAAAUGCUUUCACAUGUGUGUCGCAUACCUAGUACGAAACGCAAGGAAAAGCUAAAAUAA